AUGGAAGAAGAGAAGGAUGUGCCUCUGAUUUUGGGAACUCCUUUCCUUAGUACAGUUGGCGCUUCAAUUGAUUUUCACAAGCAAAAGGUGAUUCUCCACAAGGUGAAUACUUUGGUAUCUUAUCAUUUGCAGCCUAGAGGAAAUGAGUAUUGUGGCACAAUUGAAAGCACCCCUCUGAGUUCCAAGAGUCAAGAAGUUGCCAAGGUUGUGAGGAAAAGGUUGAAAAGAAGCCAAGAGUUGAAGGGCUCAAAAGGAAGGGAGGAUGCAGCCUCUAAGGCACGACCAGGUGACAAGAGAAAGGAUCCACCAGUUCAGGCUUCUUUCAACAAGCCAUCUCAGCUCACUAUAAACUUGUUCCCCACCAAGUUUGAAAAUGGAAAGAUUGAGUACAAGAUAAGGUACAAAUGGAGAUCAAGACCAUUCUCUAGAGCUAGAGCCUUGGUCACUUCUGAGCAAUCCAGGAUCCAACCAAGUUGA